GUCUAUAACACCCCACCGCCCUCCUCGCACACACUUCUCCCGUAUACGAGAAUCUCACCCUCCUUGUUUCCUCACCCACCCUACCCUUCUCUUCUUCUCAUUUGUUGCGGUUGCUGGCGCGCACGCUACUCCCUAGUCUUGGGACCGCCCGCUCCGUCACCUUGCUCACCUUGUUUCUUAUUACUAUUCGCUUCCCGUCCUUUGUCUACUCUACUACCUUAGUUACUAUCCCAGUACCCACCGCCUUUUCCCUCUUCCCUGUCGAGUUGUGUUUGUUGUUGUGUUGUGUGUGAUCAGAAGCAAAGAGCCAGUCCCAUAAUGCCUCCCCAGCUAUUACCCGCCUCGGCCGCCGCCUUUGCGCCGCGCGCCUCCUCGGUCAACGUCGUGCUGGGCUCAAAGAUCGAGCCAUGGCUGACCCAAACACUCAAGCGCAUCAACCGCGUCAAGAGACCGCUCAACAGCGUACCCCAGCACCAGAGAUGUCUGACAGAGACGCUGUCGUCGCCAAACGCCAUAUGGACCCUGGCGUCGCUAAUGCUACCCAAGGCGCCCGAGUCGGAGCUGCGCAAGGAUCCCAACCCGCUCAUCGAGGCCAUCUUCAACUACCAGCUCGUCCACCUCGAGGCCUACAUCGUCCACGUCGACAUGGUGCUCCGCAACGAGGUCGCCUACAAGCUGACCCCCGACACCAUCGAGCUGCUCAUCGAGUACCACAAGGACAUACACUGCGUCAACUCAAAGGCCACCACGUACGACUGGUCCGAGAAGGAGCAGCAGUGCAAGAAGCUGCACGAAGAGUUCAUCCAGGCCAUCAACAAGUUCGUCUACACGACCCAUGUGUCCGCCCUCGAGGGCCUCGAAGAGGAUGGCGCCGGCGAGCUUCUCAGCGGCAAGAGCGACGAGGUCAAGAAUAACGUCCUGAACCUGGUCAAGCCGCUGCUCCCGCCGCCGCCGAGGAUUGUCGACGUCGUCCGCCAGCAGCCUCUGCUGCCCAGCUCGCCCGUCAACAGCAUGUGGUCGCAGCCGCCAACCCCGUCGUCGAUGCCGGCCCCCAUGGACUCGUGGCGAGUUCUGCCGUCGAGCCCGGGCGUCACGUCCACGUCUGGCGACUCGAACAGCUCCAUCUGGGCCAACAUGAGCAUGAGCGACGUCCACAUCUCCCCCACGCCCUCGUAUAGCCAGCCCUUUUCGUCGGCAGGCCUGUUCUACAGCUCGCCCGUCGUCACGUCUCCCAUCCCGCACCUGCCGCUGCCCAGCAUGCUUGCGCCGCAGUGCGGGGUGAGCGUGGGCUACGGAUCGUUUGGCUGGGACCGCUACCAAGAGUACACGACCACUAUGUGACAACCACCACCAGUCACAAAGACAGACUACCCAGUCGUGACAAGUGCGUGAAAGAGGAGCGGGGCGCGCCCAAAAGCCAACCAUUACGGCAUCUUUGAAAGAACGGCUCUCGCCUACCAUGUUCGGGUAGCGAGGCCGAGGUUUCGAACUCGACGGCGCAGCGGGCUAUCAACGCAGAUACCGUCACACGACGCACGAUCAAGAAAGGCAUUUCGGCGUUUUGCAUGGGGCAACUUUUUGGCGGGCGACUUCUCGACAAACACAUCCACAACUCUCUUCCUUGGAGACGCAUAUAUAUCCCAUUG